UCAUAAAUAGUUGUUAUUUUGAGAGUUUUAUAUAAAUAUUUUUAAAAUAAAUUUAAAAGUUUCGGUUUACUCUUCCUUGAAAAUUUGUUUCCUCUGUAUCGGAGUAAAGUAAAGGCAACCGAAGUUUCAGGCUGCAACUUGUCAAACGUGUUCCCCAACAAAGUCUCGCGGCAUUUGGAAAUGUGCAGCAUUGUGCAGCGGCAAGAAAAACAGCAGCAGCCGCAGCAGCAGCAGCAACGAAAACAACUCGCAUAACUGUGACUUGUAUUAAUUUUCAAGCAUUUCCAAGCAGCUAACAAAAAGAAAAUCCCAAUCCCGCAUGUCUCAGCAGAAAAUGUGCGGCGACAAAAGCUUCAAUUAGCAUUUGAAGAAGCCGCAUCAUCGCGAUCCCAUCGCCGAGUCCCUUCAGAUGGAGGAGGACGUGCUGAACGCCCUGCAGACGCGCAGCGCCUACUUGUCCGGCGGAUUCGAUCGCCAGAAGCGCAUCAUCUUCGUUGUCAACGCGUUCAACGAUCUGCAGCUCUGGAACCGCCGCUAUCUGCAGGUGACUUUGGACUAUCUGAAGCGGUCUCUCAGCGCCUCGGUCUUGCAGAAUGGAGUGUGUGUGGUGGUCAAUGCCCAGGAGAGCAGUUCGCGGAUCUCGCGGCAGCAGGUGCGCCAGAUAUACGCCCUCUUCGGGGGCGACAUCAAUGUGGAUCUGUAUCUAGUCAGGGCGGAGGGCUUCUGGGAGAAGCACGUGGAGCCGUGCACCAAGUCCCAGGUGAAGGGAGAGCCGCUGGUGCUGUCCAAGGCGAGGCUGGGCAAGUUCAUAGAGCCGCAAAACCUGCCCGAGGAACUGGGCGGGACCUUGCAGUUCAACUACGAUCUGUGGCUGCAGCAGCGCAAGUCUAUCGACGAGUUUACCAAGUGCCAUGUCCAGACUUUGGCGUCGAUGGAGCGGCUGCUGUCGCUGCUCCGGGAGCACAGGUCUCUCCGGCCAGCGGAAGCGGAUGUGGAGCUGAAGAAGUGCGCCCAGUUGCAUGCCGGUGUCCAAAACGACAUAGAAUCCGCCAUCGACAUGGGUAACGCGAUCUUGGCCCGCUUCAACGAGGUCUACGAGCCGCAUUCAGCGCCGCCACAAGCGGUCGCACCUGCCUCGGAGUCCCCGGCGAGCCCCCAGCCGAUCCCCGGCCACUCCGCCACUGGGAUCCCCUCGCAGAAGCCCCGCCUGCCGCCGGAUCUGGUCUGUGAACGGGCCCGCAUCGAGUUGCGUUUGAACGAGAUCGAGAAGAAGCAGACGGCCAUCCGGACUGCCUGGCUGGAGCUGCUGCGAUCUCUGAGGGAGGCCAGGGAACUCAGUACCUUGGAGGAGGGCGUGUCCUUCGUGACCAACUGGAUCCUGCAGCAGGCGGAGCAGUUGCUGAGUCGCCAAAGGAGCGUCGCCGGCGAUGUCCGGGGCUGUGAGAUCCUGCGGUCCGCCCACGAUCAACUGGAACUGGAGUGCCGGGAAACCUACGGUUGCUAUGCGGAGUUGCUCUACAAGAUCGAGAAGUUUGCCGGGGAAAGGCAGACUUCGCCGAAGGACAAGGAUCUGUGCCGGGACCUCCUUUCGCAGAGGGAUUUCAUGCAGUUCGUGUGCCGCUCCUUCGCCAAGAGGUUGGAGCGACGGAGGAAUGUCCUGAUGACGGCGCUAAGGUUCCACCGACUCCUUGAACAGUUCGAGGAGCUGCUGACCACUGGCAGCCAUGUGGUGGAGGUGGACAGUCGAUCCCUCGAUUGGCCCGAGGCUGAUCAGCUGCUCAUGCAGCUGAAGGACAACCAGCAAUCAUUGGGCCACGUCGAGCGCGAACUUGUGCGCGAAGGUGAAAAGCUGAGCGACAUGCUGGCGAUGCCGGUGAAAGACGCUCUGGGCCGUGACCUCCAGCUGGACUACAGCCUCGAGAUCGCGGAGCUGCGCCGCCAGAUCGACGAGAGUCGGCGGCGUCGUCAGGUGUGCGGCCAGCGGCUGGCGCUGCAGCGGCUCACCUUGGAGCAGGUGACCCACAUCCACGCCUACGAGGAGGACGCGCGGAGGGCGCGCGACUGGCUGCAGGAGCUGUACGCGGUCUUGCUGCGGUGCCACUCCCAUGUCGGCUGCAACAUCCACGAGAUCCAGCUGCAGAAGGACGAGCUGCAGGGGUUCGAGGAAACCGGACGGAGUAUCUACCAUUAUGGCUGUCAACUGUUGGAGGCCUCGCAAACCCUGCGACUCUGCUGCAAGUUGGAUUCUUCAGUAGUAGAGUCCACUCCCAGACAGAGCAUGAUCAGUGAUGAGCUGCAGCACACGUGGCACAGCCUGCAGUCCGUGGCCCAGGAGCAGAUGACCAGGCUGCGGGUCUCCGCCGUCUUCCACCGCAGUGUGGAGGCCUACUACCGCCAACUGAGGGAACUGCGGCCACUUCUGACCCAGGAGCUAUCUGCCCAGUUGCAACAGCAACAGAGGCAGCAGCACAAUCGCAGCAGCAGUGGAAUCAGCAGCGAUGCCGAGGGAGAAAUCGAAUCGGAACUAUCUCCACUGGGAGAAAUGCCUCCACGACUGCAAAGGCAUCUGGUAGCCAGGGAGCAACUGCUCGUCGAAGUGGGAAGAAUGGUCAGGUUGGGCAGACUGCUCAAGAAGCGUCUCAAGGAGCCCUUCGUCUUGGAUGCACUGACAGGAAAAAGUGUUGUGGCCGACGAGUUGCCCCUGGACUGCAGCCCCAGUCCACUGCACGACAGUGGCAGAACCAGCAGUGCUGGCAGCGAGGCUCCUGUGGAAUCCUCUCCAGCCACCGUGCAGGUGGUGCCCACGGGAAGCAACGAGCUGGCCUGCGCCGCCAUCUCCCACAAGCUGGGAGCCAUUGCCGAAGUGGCCGAGUCCCUGGACGCAGUCAUCCGGGAUGUCCAGCAGCAGGAGGCAGCCAACGGCAAUGGAGUCGCCAAUGGCACAGGAGGUCACAGCAUCAAAAAGCUGGGAAGCAUUGAGGACUGGCAAUCCCGCUCCACCGAGGACGAGUCCUUCGCCACCGCCUCCGAGGGCAACUUUACACCCAACUCGCACUCCUCCUCCUUCCAAACAGCCUCGGGACGCACCAGCUCCUACAUCGGAUCGGCCAAGAACUCCUUCGACGAGGCGGACGACUCCACCUUGAGCACCUUUGAGAUCCCCGAACUGCCAGCCUCGCCGGUCAACAUGUCCUUCGACAGCUCCGAGCUGAGCUACUUCUCCGCCCAUCAGCAGCGAAUGAAGAGCGAAGAUCAGGACAGUGUGGUGGGCGUGGCCGAGUUGCACAGCCAGAGUGUGACGCCCACUCCGGACGAGGAUCAGCAGCACUUGCUGCUGCCGCUGCCAUUGCCCCAGGCAAUCGAAUCGGACAGCGAGGUGGAGGGAUUCAGCUUGGCCACGGGGAUUACGACUGAGAUGGCUCCCAGGAUGCCCAACGCCCACACGCCGGAGAGUCCGGAGAAAAUCUACAUCAAAGUGGUAGAACUAGAGCCCAAGAUCACAGCACUGGGCGAAAAUCUCGACGAAUCGGUGCGCAUGCAAAGGGAGCACGAUGAGACUCUCCGCAAUUUACAGAGCCUGCCGGGUCCCAUGGACGAGUUCGUCCAGAAGGCAGACAAACUGCUGGCGAGCAAGCGGAUCAGUUCGGAACUGGUCAACGCGAUGGCCGAUACACUCAAUAUCAUCUGGCAGGACAUCCUGAACCUCCUGCAGGACCGCCAGCACCUGUUGAUCUUGUGCACCCAGUUCCACGACAAGAUGACACAGUGCUUCAGGAAGAUGGACCAGCUGGAGCUGGCCUGCGAGGAGACCCUCCAUCCGCCGGAUGUGCCACGAGUUCAGGAGUUCCUCAACAGAUUCAAGCAACUGAGGAUCGACAUGCUGACCGGCGUGAUGGCCGCUCUGAAGGAUGGAAACGAGCUGCUGGCCCAGCUGGAGGAGCUGGAGAAGCUGGAGACCCUGGACACAAGGCCGGAGCACAUCAAACGGGACGCUACGAGGGCGGUUCACCAAGUCCAGCAGUGGUUGGAGGCCCUCCACGAUAGAAGAAACUCGUUGGAACUUGCCUGGCAGGCGAGGAAAACCCAAAUGGAACAGUGCCUGGCAUUGGCUCUGUUGGGCAGGGAGCUGGUCGAUCUGGAGGCGGCUCUGCAGCAGGCCAGGAUGGAGCUGAACACCAUGUACAGCCUGGGAGAAUGCGAGCACACGGCCAACGAAAUGCUCACCAAGUACCGGGAGUGGAAGCAGCAGGCUCUUCUGCUCCGAGAUCGAGCUCUGAAGAUCACGCGAGCCAAGGAGAAGGUGCAGUCCGCUGGCCAUUUCACAGAAGACGAAGCCUGUGCUCGUGCCUAUGCUGUUUUGAGUGGCUGCACGGAGCACCUGGACCUGGUGGAUCAGCGGGAGCACUGGCUCCACCAAUCGCGGGAGUUCUUCGCCAAGGCCGAGCACACUUUGAGCGUCCUGGAGAAACUGGAACUCGAGCUGGCCAGCGUGAAACUACCUCCUCAUUCCCCGGAGAGCUACGCGAUGUUCUCAAAGGUAGAUCGAGAUGUUCGCAACUUCACCGAGGAACCAUUGCGGCUGGGUUACGGCAUCCUCGACGAAGUGGGAAGAACGCAGCAGGAGACCCAGGGAGUGAAGAGGGUCCUGGAUGAGCUGGAGAACCGCAAAGUCUACAUCCAGGGGAUCUGUGCCAACAGCAGCGAGGAUCAGCAGAAGGUUCAACGGGCUCUGAGCGAAUUCCUUACCCAUCACAAUGAGCUUCUGGCCUGGCUAAGAGCCUCCGGCCAGCAGCAAUUGCAGCAGAGCGUGGACAUGGGCCGGAAUCUGCAGCAGGCCAAGCAGUUCCUUCUCCAGCACCACGAACUUAUGCAGGAUCUAGAGAUAAAAGGCGAGCUGAUCAACCUGCUGCUGGAGUCCAUCAAGAUGCACCUGGAAUCGCUGAGUCCGCAGCAGCGCUACGACGUGGACUCAAAGGCCGAAUCGCUGCACAAGCACUGGAUCGAGCUGAAGGAUCUGGUUCUGAAGCGAGUGGACUACGUGUCCCUGCUGAUUGACUUCUUUGAGCUGGCCAACGAACUCUCCAGCCAACUGGACAACCUGCAACGGCAACUGCAACAAACCCCCGACGAGCACAAGUUGCAAUUCCUCAAGGCAACUUGGACGGGCAUCGCAGCCACUUUCGGCGAACUGAAGUCCCGGGGACAGCGAUUCAUCAACUUAAAAAUUGUGGAUCCAUAUCUCGAGACCAAAUCCUCGGCACAGGCGGUGCAAGAGGCGCUGAACGACUUCAGUAAGCGGCAGGUCGACGUGACGAGCAGUUUGGAGAAUUGGACAACGAGCAUUGCGGAGAAGCGCGAAGUCGAGUAUUUGCUUGAGAAAGUCAUGAGUGACAACGAGGAGACCGUGGCGAAGAGCACCCAGGUGGACACCCAGCUGUACCCCGUUUUCACCUCCCAGAGCGUGGACUCCAAGCAGCUGCUGGUCAGCACCCGCGAGAAGCUCACGAACGUGACCCAGGACAUCGAGAGGGCGCAGGAUGAGAUCCAGCAGCGCAUCCAGACGACGCUCAGCAUCCAGACGAAGGACCAGCCGUCGCUGGCCAAGAUCGAGCAGGUGAUCAACAACCUGCGCAUGCUGAAGGCCAAGCUAGACGGCAUCAAGUACGACUACCGCACUCUGGUGGAGAGCGUGCUGCAGUUCCUGGAGAACACAGUGCAGCUGCGCCGCGAGAUCGACGACUACUUCGCCAGGCAGCAGAAGGAGCCCGCUUCCGGCGCGGAUCGCAGCAUCGCGGAGCACGAGAAAUUCCGCGAGCAGUGCAUGGAUAAAUUUAGAUCGCUAAUCACACAAUCCGAACUGCUGAUCGAUCGGGUGCGCGUUCUGGAGCCGCCGGGAGCCCGCGAAAUCGACACCGAUCGCAUUCUGAAGCUGAUCGAGAACCUGCGCCUCCACUUCGAGUCGAACAGCAGUGCCCGCAUGUCGAGUCUGGAGCGCCUGGAGAAGAUCGAGCAGUUCCGCUCCGAUCUCGAGGACAUCGAUCGCAGCCUGGACAGUGUCAGCCAGCAGUUGCACGAGAUCAACAACCAGAGCGUCGACAGUUUGGCGGCGGCCAAGACCACGUCGCUGGCGUUCGAGUAUUUUGAACGGACCAUAGAGCUGCUCGAGAAGCGGAUCGAGAAGUUUACGGAGUCCACCAGCCAACAGCUCCUAAUCACAAAUCCCGAGAGCGAGCGGUACGUGAAGGACGAACUGCGCAAACUCAACGACAAAUGGCAGAGCUUCAAGGAUCAGGUGAAGCAGAAACGAAAGAGCCUCAACCAGGCAACCGAGUUCUUCGAGGUGGUCGAGAAGAUCGACGCAGAGUACCGUGAGAUUAGCUACUUCUACACCAGCGUCUCCAACAAGGUUCCUUACCUCCGUGAUUCCGUGGAGGCCGGCAAUUUGGUCAACGACAUCGAAAACUAUGUGACCAGUCGGGAAGCUGCCCUUCGAUCCAAAUUGGACAGUGCCUCGCAAUGUGCCCACGACAUGAACAAGGUCUCGUCUUUGUACAACGACGUGAUGAACAUCUUCCAGUCCUUCAUCAAGCUCAAAAUGGACAUCAAUGUGGUGCAGGAGAGGCUCAAGCAGGAGCAGCGCCAAAAGGAGCAGAGGGAAAGGGAUGCCCGCGAUCAGGCCGAAAGGGAGAAGGCCAUCAAGGAAGCGGAGGCCAAGGAAAGGUUGUUCAGGGAGGAGCAGUCCCGCUUGGAGAAUCAACGACAACAGGCGGCCAUCGAACAGGCUCAAAGGGAUUUGGCAGCCAGGGAGUUGGCUUUGAGGGAGCAGGCUGUCCGGGAAGAGGAGGCCAGGUUGCAGGCCAUUCGGGAGCAGGCCUCGCGAGAGCAAUUGGCCAGGGAACAGGCUGCCAGGGAGGAGGAGCUGCGUAUCCAAUCCCUCAGGGAGAUCGCCAGGAGGGAGGAAGAAGUGCGUCUCCAGAACAAGCGAGACGAGGAGUCGAGAAUCCGUCGCGAGGAGGAGGAAAGAGUCCGCAGGGAGAACGAAUCCCGUUCAAAACGGGAGGAGGAGGCUCGGAUUCAGCGUGAGGAGAUCACCAGACUGCAAACCCUUCGCGAUCAGGUGGAUCAGCAGCGAACAGUGACCGAAAACAUCCGAAAGGACAUCCAGGUCAACUCUAUUUUCACGGAGCUGCGCUACGCCUCUCCACUCUUUAUUCGUCCUUUGAAGGAUGCUGUGACCCGCGAAGGAGACCGCUUUGUGUUCGAAUGCGAGGUCACGGGAACUCCGGAACCCGCUGUGGAAUGGUUCAAAGAUGGCAUCAGUAUUCAGAAUAAUUCUGAUUACAAAACCACCUUCGAUAAGGGAAUCUGCAGACUUGUGAUUGAGGAAACCUUUGCAGCCGAUUCGGCGCGUUUCAGCUGUCGUGCUUCCAAUCUGGUGGGUACUUGCGACACGAACGCCACUUUAUCCGUAAGGGAAAACGCCACCGAGGUUCAAUUGGUCCCGCCAAGGAUCCUUCGUUUCUUGGAAAGCGGCAAGGCCACCGAGGGCAGCUCCUUCCAGUUCGCUUGUGUGGUGGCUGGAGUUCCCCUACCAACCGUUCAGUGGUUCAAGAAUGACAAGUGCAUCGACGAUUCUCCUGAUUACGUGAUUAGCUACAACAACGGGGAGGCCACUCUGAAGUUCGAGGAGGUCUUCCUGGAGGACGAUGCUGUGUACACCUGCAGCGCCUCGAAUCCGGCGGGAAUUGAACAUUGUUCAGCUUCUCUGAUAGUGGAGCCUCUGGAGCCAACUGAGUUACCCAGCUUCAAGGUUCCCCUAUCGAAUGCCAUGGCUCGAGUCGGUCAAAAGAUCAAACUGGAAGCCAUCGUGGGUGGAAUUCCCAGGCCAGAAGUCUAUUGGAUACACAACGGAAAACCCUUCCAGCCGCGCGAUGCCAAGUACGAAUACGGCCGCGUAACGCUGAUAAUCCCGCAAGCUUAUCCCAACGACGCCGGAUCCUACGUCCUGAGCGCCAAGAACCUAGCUGGCGAGGCCUAUUCAAGUUGCAACGUGAUAGUCAAGGGUCGUCUGCCCAACGAAACCUCCGAUUCUGAAAUGGCCAGUGACAUAGAGCCGAUCAAGCCGGCCGUUCAUCUGCCCCUGAAGGACGUCUCCAUAUUCGAGGGCAAGCCAGUGAGGCUGGACUGCGUGAUUGUGGGUCAACCGGAGCCCGAGGUCAUCUGGUAUCACAAUGAGCGACCCGUGAAGGAGUCCGCCGAUGUUCAGCUGCUUUUCCAAGGGGAUAGGUGCUCCCUAAUAAUCCAGGAGGUCUACCAAGAGGACGCUGGCCACUACAAAGUGGUAGCCAUAAACUCGGCGGGUGAAGCUUCUAGCAGUUGCGAACUGAAGGUCACCCCUUUGAACCAAGCGGAACCUGCCACUCGAGCUCAGGCGGAAAGGCAAUCCCUGCCAAAGGAUUCGCAGCCCAAGUUUGAGAGACUUCUCUCCGACGUUUUGGCCGAUGAAGGCGAGCAGGUAAUCCUUGAAGUGCAGGCCAGUGGCGAUCAACCCCUGACAGCCCAGUGGUUCCUGACCAACAAGGAGCUCCAGUUGGAUCAGAGGAUUACUACCCAAUCGGACUCCGAACUGGGCGUCUUCAAGCUCAUCCUGAACAAUGUGAGUGGCGACGACAAGGGAGUAUAUACCGUCAAGGUUACCAAUCCCGCAGGAGAUGCCAAGUGCUUUUCACAUCUUAUAGUUAAAUCGGUAAACGCUCCUGAAAACCGCAGAGGUAGCCAGUCUUCGGUUGAAAUUGUUGACCGUCACCAGUGUCCCGAGUUCAAAGAACUGUUCAGUGACAAACAAGGUGAAAUCGACGAGGUGAUCAAGUUCGAGUGCAUUGUCAAGGGCAAGCCCACACCGAAGGUUCAUUGGUUCUUCAACGACCAACCCGUUCAUGGUCACAAUUUUCUGGUCUCCACAAGUGGAGAGCGUCAGGUGUUAACCAUCCAGAAAUUAACCCACGAUGCCGUCGGCAAAAUCAGUUGCGUGGCUGAAAACGAAGCGGGGAAGGCGACCUGUGUGGCCUUUUUGAAUAUUCGGGGAAGUGGUUUGCCCGCCUCCGUUGAUGUUCAGACAACGAGCCAGGAACACAACACGGAAUCUUCGAGGGUCACGAUCAAGAAGCAAACCUUCACCACCACCUCCACCUCGCAGGUUAAUUCCUACGAGGGAAAUGCUCCGCAAACCGAGGUUCAUCAUUCCUCCGCUCACAUUGACCAAUCUCUGAAGCAACUUGGCCAACAAAGACCCGAGAUUGUGGAGAGCCAUCAUUACCAGGAGUCGCACAAAAGCAAGGAGAUGAGCAGUCCGAGCGUGCAGCAAAAGUCCUUCAGCUUUAUCCAAUCCAGUGCUCCCAAUGGCCAGUCCGCUGUAGCCAUACCUGAUUCACCCACUCGCCUCAGGAGGGAAAUAGCUCCGAGGUUCACCACUCCGCUCAGCGGAAAGAUCGUGGACCAGGGAACCGAUGUCAGCAUGGAGGCCAUUUACGAUGGCUUUCCCUCUCCCGAGAUUAAGGUUGAGAAGAACGGAGGCCAACUAUUCGACGAUGCCCACACCAAGAUCUCAAACAAGUGCAAUCGCGUGACCAUCGAACUCAAGCAGGUGGGAGUGGCUGAUGCGGGACGAUAUGCGGUGACCGCCUCCAAUGCGGUGGGUCAGUCCACCAGCACAGCGGAUUUGGUAGUUAAAAAGACCAUAUUCCCGCCUGUAUUCGGCCGACGUCUGCAGGCGCAAGUCAGCAAGAAGGGCGAGAAGCUGACCAUGGAGGUGGAGGUCACAGGAUUGCCAGAGCCCACGGUCACCUGGUUGAAGGACGACAAGCCGCUGAAGGAUGCCGGCAUCUCACAGCAUCGCCUGCUGGCCCAAGGCAACUCCUACAGGCUGAUAAUCGAGAAAGCUCAAACUUCGGACUCCGGCAAGUACAUGGUGCGUGCCACGAAUGCAGGAGGUGAGGCCAAGAGCAUUGCAGACUGCGCCAUCCUGGAGCCUUCGCCGGAACGCAUGCAGGAAGUGGUCAAGACCAUCGUGUAUGAGACCGGGCCAGUGGCGCCAGCCAGCGAAUUCAAAACCGAAGACUACAAGCAUUACACCUCUUCGAGUAUGACCAGCAACUACUCCCACAACAUGCAGAGCAGCAGCAGUUCCAGCCAUCAUGAGACCAAGUUCUCCUCGACAUCGGCACCACCACCAGUGGUUACCUAUCCCAGUCCGAUUCCGGCCCAGCGAAAGACCCCGGCAGCGGAGUUCAGUGACUACAGCAGCGAGAUCGACGAACGCUUCCGCUCGGUGUCCCGAGCCAACGAAUCUGAUGCCGAGAUCAAGGGUUACCGAGUGGUGUUCCCACCCACACCCACUCCCCGAACAAACCUAGCCACCAAUGGCCACAAGUCCCCCGUGGUGGUCGUCACUCCCUCGCCCAUGGAAUUCGAGCCCACUCCCCAGGAGCUGGGCAGCUACGCCAGGCCCAAGUUUGAGCCGAUUGGCAGGGAGAUCCGGCACGAAAUCAAGACGGAGAGCAGCUCCAAGCAGUCCAAGUUCGCGCAGAACCAACAGCAGCAAAGUCAGCCGGUGUUCAAGCCGAAGCCGGUGGCGGCCAAGUUCAUAGCGGCCACGCAGCAACAACAGCAACCGCAGGCAACUGCCCGUCCGACCAUGUACUACAAUGCUGUUGCUGGAGCUCCGAUGCACCUGGCCAAGGUGGCCACCGAAACGAAGAACGUGAUGCAAAUGCACGAGUCCACGGAGAGUUCGCAGCGGGUGGUGAAUAUGCAGCAGACCAAGCGGGUGAUUCACUUUGACGGUCCGCAGGAGCAGAGGGACCAGCAGAUCCUGGAGCCCUUCCCCUACAGUCCGGCCACAAGUCGUACCCCUUCGCGGCAGUCCCAGUUGCCACCGCCGGCCACUCCCACGAAAUUCAUCCCCGGGGAGUUCCGGGAGAGCGAUUACGAGAGUGAGAUCGAGGGAGCUCGCAUUCAACCCCUGUGGUCGCCGUAUGGCGAUGGUCUGACCAAAGGCUUCCGCCGAGUGGCCCCUCCGCAGGGAGCCGGAAGAUCCUGCAGUCUGCCAAGGACCUACGAAAGGGUGCUGUCCCCCAUGGAGUUCGAUAGGGGUCCCGAAAUGCCCAGCAAAAUCCACGUGGACAUCAACACCCUGAAGAAGGAACAGCGCGGCGGCAGUACGGUGACCACCCAACACCGCACUCAGUCCUUGAACAGAAACUCCACCAUGAGGCAACAGCAGCAGCAACAGCAACAGCAGCAGCAGUCCAUGGAUCAGAUAGACAGGGUUGGCACUUUGCCUCGAUAUGGAUACAGUUCCCUCCAACAGCAGGCCGAGAAUCAGGGCCGCCGGAUGGGUUCCACCUUCCUCCAGAAGUCCCAUCAGUUCGUCGAGGACGUUAGCCGGGAUGUGAGGAGCACGGCAUCGAAUGGCAUCCGCCCGGGCUUCAAGAGGGCUCCCAGCGAGGGCAGCAACCAGCAACCUCAGGCCUUCAGGGAUGAAUCUCGCGUUUCCCAAUACGAUCAGGGCACUCAAACGGAUAGCCUGCUAAUAACCGAAGAGGAACCGGCGCCGGAGACCCCUAAGCAGCCCCUGGAUAAUGGCGUCAAUAAAACGCCUUUGCGCAAAUCGGCUUCGUUCUCCUCCUCGUCGACCAGUUCGCCGACCAGUUCGUUCAUGGGUUCGGCCACAUCGACCAUGUCACUGCGCUCCUCGACGCCCUUGAGGAACAACAGUCAUUCCCAGUCGAGUCGAGCUCUGCGAAGCGACACCAUCAACACGUUCCAAAAGUGGGAGACCACGAUCGAGUCCAUUAGUUACGUGAGCACCAAGACCGUGUCCAUUUCGGAUUUCAGCCAGGAGCCGCAGCUCCGUGAGCAAACAGUGCAACAAGUUCAUGGUGGCAGCAUCGGAGGAGGGGCCUACGUGCCGCCCUCGCUGACACACGUGUACGCCCAGGGCGACAUCUCGCCGCCCGUCUUCGAGCAGAUCUUCAAGAACGCUCGCUUCGCCCAAGGCGGCAACGCCCUGUUCGAGGGACGCCUGCGUGGCAACCCGAAGCCAUUCGUGACCUGGACCCGGAAAGGCGCACCCCUUCUCGAGUCGCAGAAGUUCCGGAUGAGCUACAACGAGGCCACCGGCGACGUGUCCCUGCUGAUCAACCAGAUCGGACCCGGGGACGAGGGCGAGUACACGUGCACGGCCCGCAACCAAUACGGCGAGGCCAUCUGCAGCGUAUACAUCCAGCCGGAGGGAGCACCCAUGCCCACGCUGCAGCCGAUCCAGAAUCUGGAGAAGAACAUCUACUCGAACGGGUAUUCGUUCACCUCGAUCGAGGAGGAGUUCCGUGUGGAUACCUUCGAGUACCGACUGCUGCGCGAGGUCUCCUUCCGCGAGGCGAUCACCCGUCGGUCUGGCUACGAGCAGGACUCCCAGCUCUCCCAGGAGCUGGACCGCAGCCAGGGUCCUGCGCAGGCGCCGCAGAUCUCGCAGAAGCCGCGCAGCUCCAAGCUGAUCGAGGGAUCCGAUGCCGUUUUCACGGCCCGCGUUGGCUCCAACCCGAAGCCCCGGCUCACCUGGUUCCACAAUGGCCAGCGCUUGGUGGCAUCGCAGAAGUACGAGAUCUCCUACUCGAGUGGAGUGGCCACGCUCCGUGUGAAGAACGCCACGGCUCGCGAUGGCGGUCAUUACACUCUGCUCGCCGAGAAUCUGCAGGGCUGCGUGGUUUCAUCCGCCGUGUUGGCCGUGGAACCCGCCGCAGAAUCCGCCUACGAACCGAAGCCAGUCGACGUGAUGGCCGAGCAGUUGGAGGCGGGCAAGGCAUUGCCUCCUGCGUUUGCUAAGGCUUUUGGAGAUCGCGAGAUCACCGAGGGUCGCAUGACCAGGUUCGAUUGCCGUGUCACCGGCAAUCCCUAUCCCGAGGUCAUCUGGCUGAUCAACGGCCGCCAAGUCCGCGACGAUGCCUCGCACAAGAUUCUGGUCAACGAAUCUGGCAGCCACUCGCUGAUGAUCACCAACGUGACCCGUCUGGAUGCCGGAGCUGUCCAAUGCCUGGCCCGCAACAAGGCCGGUGAGGUGGCCAUCGAGGCACAGUUGAAUGUGCUGGAGAAGGAACAGGUUGUCGCACCACAAUUUGUCCAACGCUUCAGCACCAUGACUGUGCGCGAGGGCGAACCCAUCACCAUGAGUGCCAAUGCCAUCGGUACUCCGCAGCCACGCAUCACCUGGCAGAAGGACGGCGUCCAGAUCUCGUCCACCGCCGAGCGCUUCGUGGGCAUCGAUGGCGGAGCCACCUGCCUGGAGAUUCCGCGUGUCAGCGCCACCGACGCCGGAUGGUACCAGUGCACCGCCCAGAACAUUGCUGGAUCUACGGCCAAUCGGGCCAGGCUGUAUGUCGAGGUUCCCAGGGAACAACCAAGUUAUGAGCAGCGUCGUCUCAAUCUCCCGAGACCAACGAAAGUCAUCGAGCCCGAACCCAUUCCCGGUCCUGAAAUCAUCUACCUGCGCCAUGUGGAGCGCGCCAAGCCGCAUCUGCGACCUGGUGAGGAGGACCGCGUCUAUCCGCCACCCCAGUUCAUCAUCCCGCUGCAGAACGUGCAGCAGACCGAGGGUGGUCGCGUCCACAUGGAGGCCCGAAUCGAACCCGUCGGCGAUCCCACCAUGGUCGUCGAGUGGUAUCUCAACGGACGUCCCCUGGCAGCAAGUGCCCGAGCCACUUCCGUGUUCAAGUUCGGCUUCAUCGCUCUGGAUCUGCUGAGCAUCAUGGGCCACGACUCCGGCGAGUACAUGUGCCGCGUGAGCAACGCCAGUGGAGUGGCUGAAUCCCGGGCCAUUCUGUCCGUGGUGCAGCGUCCGUCGAUCGAGCAAUCAUCGCAGAACCCCAACAGUCUGCAGUACAUCAACCAGCUGGAGGACUACUCGCGUUACCAGCGCCAGGAGAGCAUCGACGAGCAGCUCAAUCAGGCGCCGCAGUUCAUCCGCCCACUCCGCGAUCUCGGUGAGUUCGAGGAGGGCAAGAACGUGCACUUCGAGGCUCAGGUUACUCCGGUAAACGAUCCUUCCAUGCGAGUGGAGUGGUACAAGGAUGGACUGCCCAUUACGGCCAGCUCCCGCAUCACCGCCAUCUUUAACUUCGGCUAUGUCUCCCUGAACAUCUUGCACCUGAGAGCCGAAGAUGCUGGCACCUAUACUGUGCGGGCGGUGAAUCGCAUUGGAGAGGCCAUCAGCCAGUCCUCUAUUCGUGUUCACUCACGUUCCCAGGUCACUGCCGACCUGGGUAUUCCCGAGCAGCAGCGUUACAUCGAGAAGGUGGAGGAGCUUGAGGACUACCGAAAGUCGCAGCAGCGUCGUCAUGUCCAGGAAGCUGCCGAGGCCAUCGCCCCGCCUCAGUUCAAGACACCGAUCCAGAACCAGUUGGAUCUGCGCGAGCACGCGCAUGCGCACUUUGAGGCGAGACUGGAGCCAAUCGGAGACUCCACCAUGCGCGUGGAGUGGCUGAAGGAUGGACAGCCUCUGGAAGCCAGCUCCCGGAUCACCACCUACCACAACUUUGGCUACGUGGCUCUGACCAUCAAGCAGCUGACCAUCUAUGAUGCCGGCACCUACACUUGCAGGGCCUACAAUGCCAUGGGUCAGGAUACCACCGUGGCCCAGCUGACUGUGGUCUCCAAGAACGAAAUCGUCUCGGAGUCCCAGCACCCGGGUGGCCUGCAAAAGAUCCAGCAUCUGGAGGACUCAUCGCGUUACGGACGACGCGAGGAGGAGGAGACCUACGUCACCCAGGCCCCCCGAUUCCUCGGUCCCCUGAAGGGCACUACCAAAAUCCUCGAAGGCCAGCGUGCCCAUUUCGAGGCCCGUGUGGAGCCCCAAAGCGAUUUGGGUCUGGCCAUCGAGUGGUAUCACAACGGUCGUGCCAUCACCGCCGCCAAUCGCAUCCAGACCUACUACGACUUCGGUUACGUCGCUUUGGAUAUUUCCCAAGUACGCGCCGAAGAUGCUGGCGUCUAUCUCGUGGUGGCUAGGAACAAGCUAGGUGAAGCUCAGCAGCAAGCAACGAUGAUAGUGGAAACUCGUUCCAGUAUCGACACAUCUAGCAUGCAUCGCGGCCUGUACGAGAAGACCCAGAAUCUGGAGAACAAGCCAUUCGUGGAGCCUCAGUAUGAUAUCGAGGAGAUCUCCAAGUCUAAGCCGGUGUUUGUGACACCCUUGAGCGAUCCCAAACCCAUCCACGAUGGCAAAAACAUCCAUCUGGAGUGCCGUUUGGAGCCGAUGGGUGAUCCGACCAUGCGCGUCGAGUGGUUCCAUAACGGUCGCCCCGUUACCGUCGGCUCCCGUUUCCGCACCUACUAUGACUUUGGCUUUGUGGCUUUAGAUAUCAUCAAGGCAACGGCCGCCGAUUCCGGGGAGUACACCGUGAGGGCCACCAACCACUUGGGCUCGGCCCACACUUCAGCCUGUGUGCGUGUGAUCGAUCACACGGACGUUGUGACUGAGACCCAGAACGAACAAUCGCUGGAGCAGAUUCAACUGCUCGAGGAUUCAAGGCGCCGCCACCACCAGGAGGAGGAUAUCACUGUCAUGCAGGCGCCUCAGUUCACCAGGGGUCUGCACAACAUUGAAACCAUUGAGGGUACCAAUGUGCACUUGGAGUGCCGUCUACAACCCGUGGGCGAUCCAAGCAUGCGCAUUGAGUGGUUCGUGAAUGGAAAACCUGUUAAGACGGGCCACCGCUUCCGUCCCGCCUAUGAAUUCGACUAUGUAGCCCUGGAUCUCCUUGGCUGCUAUGCCAUCGAUUCGGGAGUCUACACCUGCCAGGCCAGAAAUCAACUGGGCGAAGCAGUCACCUCCUGUUCCGUGCGCAUUAUCGCCAAGAACGAUCUGAUCUUGGAGACGCAGAACGAGUCGGGUCUUCAGAAGAUCCAAUAUCUGGAGGACUCCACCCGCCAUCGCCGCAGCGAGUUCAUCGACGAGGUGGUCAACAUUCGUCCGCGGUUCCUCACCCACCCGAAGAGUUUGACCAACACCCGCGAGGGUGGUCACGCCCACUUCGAGUGCAAGAUCGAGCCGGUAACCGACCCCAACCUGAAGGUAGAGUGGUUCAAGAACGGUCGUCCCAUUACUGUGGGUCAUCGCUUCCGCCCCAUUCACGAUUUCGGCUACGUGGCCUUGGACAUUGUGCAUUUGAUUGCAGAGGAUUCGGGUGUUUACACUUGCAGGGCUGUUAACCUGAUUGGCUCUGAUGAAACGCAAGUGGAGCUUCAGUGCCGUAGCGGUGAGCAGAUUGUAACUGUCACCCAGAACGAGGCUGGCUUGGAGCAGAUCCACUACUUGGAGGAUCGCUCGCGCUACACUCGUCGUGAGGAAAUUGACGAGAGCACCAAGCAGGCUCCCGUGUUCACCACUUCCUUGAAGAACGUUGAGAUCAAGGAGAACCAGAGGGCUCAUUUCGAGUGCCGCCUGAUUCCCGUUUCCGAUCCGUCCAUGCGCGUCGAGUGGUACCACAACAACCUUCCGCUCAAGUCUGGAUCUCGUUUCACGGAGACGAAUAACUUUGGAUUCGUGGCCUUGGACAUCAUGUCAACUUUGCCCGAAGAUGCCGGCACCUACACUUGCCGUGCCUUCAAUGCAGUGGGAGAGGCCAUCACUUCCGCUGUGGCGGUUGUCCACACUAAGAAGUCCAUCUAUCUGGAAUCGCAGCACGAGACCGCUCUGCCCCGCCUGCAGCACUUGGAAGACGGUUCCAAGCGCCAGCGCGUUAGCGUUCAGGAUGAGUUUGUUUCUCAGGCACCUGUUUUCACCAUGCCGGUGAGGGAUGUCCGUGUGGCCGAAAAUCAGGCUGUGCACUUUGAGGCUCGCCUGAUUCCAGUGGGAGAUCCCAACUUGAAGGUGGAGUGGCUGCGCAACGGUCAACCAAUUGAAGCCUCAAACCGCACAACCACCAUGCACGAUUUCGGUUAUGUUGCCCUCAACAUGAAAUAUGUAAACCCUGAGGACUCCGGAACCUACACCUGCCGUGCUGUCAACGAGCUGGGUCAGGCGGUGACUUCCGCCUCCCUCAUUGUGCAGUCUAAGACUUCUAUUCAGCUGGAGACCCAACACGAGGCAGCCAUGCACAAGAUCCACCAACUCGAGGACCACAGCAAGUACCAGCGCAGGGAGGAGGAGGAGUACACCGUGACCACUGCCCCGGUGUUCGUUACCAAGUUGAUUGGACCUACAAAUCUGGUUGAGGGCCAGAGUGCCCACUACGAGUGCCGCAUUGAACCCUACCCGGAUCCCAAUCUCAAGGUGGAGUGGUUCCACAAUGGCAAACCUCUGAGCACUGGCCAUCGCUUCCGUACUACGUACGACUUUGGAUUUGCCGCUUUAGACAUUCUGACUGUCUACGCUGAGGAUAGUGGCGAGUACACUUGCCGUGUGACCAACAAUCUGGGGGAGGCCAUCAACUCGAUUGUUCUAAACGUAUCCUCGCGUUCUUCUAUUAUUCAUGAGACCCAGCACGAAGAGGCCCUGACCAAGAUCCAACACUUGGAAGAUAGUUCGCGCUUCCAAAGGAAGACCGACGAGGAGCAGUUCCAUGCAGAGCGUCCUCAAUUCGGACGCCCACUUCGUAAUGCCAAGGUCAACGAGGGAACUCCCGUCCAUCUGGAGGCCACUUUGACCCCUGUAAACGAUCCUACCAUGAAGGUAGAGUGGUACUGCAACGGCAGGCCCAUUCAGACAGGACAUCGCUUUAAGACUACCUACGACUUUGGCUUUGUGGCGUUGGAUAUUCUGUAUGCCCACGCCGAGGACACCGGCACCUACAUGUGCAAGGCCAAGAAUGCCAUUGGAGAAGCCGUCACGACUUGUGCUGUAAACGUAACAGCAAACAAGACACUCGACCUAGACACCUUGGAUGCUCAGCGCUUGGAGAAGAUCCGCCAGCUGGAGAACUACGCUCCUCCCACUAAGCCCGUGGUUGAGGAGAAGGGCCAGAAGCCUAUUUUCCUUACUCCCCUGAGCAAUCUGGAGCAUUUGAAGGAGGGUGAACACGCCCACUUGGAGUGCCGAGUUGAACCGAUCAAUGACCCCAACCUUAAGAUCGAGUGGUUCUGCAAUGGAAAGCAGUUGCCCACCGGCCAUCGUUAUCGCACCACCCACGACUUUGGCUAUGUCGCUUUGGACAUUCUGUACGUUUAUGGCGAGGAUACCGGUACCUACAUCUGUAAGGCCACCAACCAGCUGGGUGAGGCUGUCAACACCUGCAAUGUGCGCGUGUUGAACCGUCGCAGCAUGAUCCUGGAUACUCAGCACCCCGACGCUCUGGAGAAAAUCCAGAAGCUGGAGUCUAAGGUACCGAACGCCCGUACCGAGGUUGGAGAAUCUCCGAUUAGCCCGCCCCACUUCACUGCCGAGCUUCGCGGCUCUACCGAAAUCUACGAAGGUCAGACGGCUCACUUUGAAGCCCAGGUCGCCCCGGUUCAUGACCCUAACUUGCGCAUUGAGUUCUACCACAAUGGCAAGCCAUUGCCCUCGGCCUCUCGCUUCCACAUCACCUUUGAUUUUGGAUAUGUGUCCCUGGAUAUCACUCAUGCCGUGGCUGAGGACGCCGGAGAAUACUCUGUGCGUGCCGUGAACGCUUUGGGUCAGGCUGUGUCCUCCACAAAUCUGCGAGUGAUUCCGCGUGGUACCAUUAUCUCGGACACUCAGCAUCCCGAGGGCCUGGAAAAGAUCCGCAAGCUGGAAUCGAUGGCGCCACAUCAACGCCAGGAGCCAGAGACCCCUGGAACUCGCCAACGCCCGGUGUUCACUCAGCCCCUUCAGAACAUCGAUAGAAUCAAUGAGCACCAGACGGCUCACUUUGAGGCACGCUUGAUCCCCGUGGGAGAUCCAAACCUUAAGGUCGAGUGGUACCGCAACGAGAAGAUCAUCGAAGAUAGUUCUCGCAUUACCAAGCAGCACGACUUCGGUUUCGUCUCGCUCGAUAUCUCCCACAUCCGCAAGGAGGACGAGGGCGUGUACAUGUGCCGCGCUGUCAAUCCUUUGGGUGAGGCUGUAACCACUGCUUCUAUGCGUGUGGUUUCUGAAGCCAGCAUUCAGAUGGAUACCCAGCAUCCGGACAGCAUCAGUCGCAUUCACCAGUUGGAGAAACCGUUGGCUCCGCGCCCCACCGAACCCGAGCGCCUGUUUGAGAAACCAAUCUUCACCCAACUGCUCACUGGACCCUCGGAACUUUGGGAGGGUGCUCAUGCCCACUUCGAAGCACGUGUGGUGCCUGUAGGAGAUCCUUCGCUCAAGUUCGAAUGGUUCAUCAACGGCGUGGAGCUGCAAAUGGGCUCUCGUCUGCGUACCACUCACGACUUCGGUUUUGUCACUUUGGAUAUUACUGCAGUGGUGCCAGAGGAUGCCGGUGUCUACAUGUGCCGUGCCUACAACGCCGCUGGUGAGGCUGUUUCAUCCACUGCCAUGAAGGUUAAGACCAAGUCUAACAUCGAUGGUCAGCCUUUGAUCCCGGAGUCCUGGGAGGCUAUUCGCCUGAAGGAGGCUGCCAUGAACCGGGUGCCCGAGAUGUUUGUCGACUCAACCCCUCAACAGGCUCCGGUGUUCACCACCCACCUGCAGAGCUACGAUAAGCUGCACGAGGGUCAACAUGUCCUCCUGGAAGCUCAGGUGGAGCCGCGUGCGGAUCCCAACCUUCGCAUUGAGUGGUUUAAGAAUGGUAUUUCUCUGACCACUGGCUCCCGCAUCCGCAGCACAUUCGACUUUGGACUGGUAACUUUGUCUAUCAAUGGACUACGUGGGGAUGACUCCGCUAUUUACACAUGCAAAGCCACAAACCAGGUGGGCGAAGCCGUUUCGACUUCCUCUCUCAAAAUCGAAGAUCGUCACUGGCUUCAGGCUGAGUCUUUGCAUCCAGAUUCGCUGCCACGCAUUGGCGAGUUGGAGGCACCUAAGGAGGGACGUCCAGAGGCUCCAGAACCCACUUAUGAAACUCCUGUGUUCAUCACUCAUCUGAACAACAUUGAGUGUAAGGAAAGCGACAACGUGCGAUUCGAGUGCAAUGUUGAGCCGGCUCGGGACCCAACCAUGUCCAUCGAGUGGUUCUACAAUGGUCAGCCAUUGCAGGCCGCUGCCAAGUUCAAGUCCAUCUACGACUUUGGCUACUGCGCCUUGGAUUUGACCAACUCUUAUGCUGAGAACAGCGGUGUUUACACCUGCAAGGCCACCAACAGCAAGGGAUCUGCCACCACCUCUGGCACCCUUAAGUGCACUGGCGGCAAGACCAUGUUCCUUGACACCCAGCAUCCGCAGGGAGAGGCUGGUCUAGAGGCCGUCCAGGAAACCGAGGAGGAGCUUGCCAACCGCUACACAAGCAAGACUACUAAGCCGGAGACCCAAUAUCCACCACCAGUAUGGACCAAGCCGCUGCAGGCAGAAUUCCAUCUGUCAGAAGCGCAGCCCAUCCAUCUCGAGGCCAACGUGGAGCCCAAGGAGGAUCCCAACUUGUUCAUCGAGUGGUACUUCAACGGCAAGAUGCUGCAGCAUGGCUCUCGUUUCAAGAUGACCAGCGAAUUCGGCUUUGUCACCAUGGACAUGAUCGAGGUUUAUGCCCGUGAUCAGGGAAUUUACACCUGCAAGGCAUACAACAAAGCUGGUGAGGCCUUCACGUCGACCACCAUCUUCUGUACGAGCAAGGAGAGCAUCAUCGAAUCCACCCAACACCCGAAGGGCGCCGAAGGCUUGGAGCAGAUCCAGGAUCUGGAGGACUCUCUUCGCAAGGAUGGCUCUAAGCCAGAGCAACCGGAUCUGGGCAUCCCACCACGCUUCACCACUGAGUUCGUUAACAUCGCCGACAUCGGUGAGGGUGAGUUGGCUCACUUUGAGGCCAAUCUCAUUCCUGUGGGUGAUCAAAGCAUGGUCAUCGAGUGGUUCUACAACGGCAAGGUGCUGGAAGCUAGCCAUCGUGUGCGUACGAUCUACGCUUUUGGCACAGUUGCUUUGGAGGUUCUUGGCACCAAGAUCGAGGAUACCGGCACUUACACUUGCCGCGCGACCAACAAACACGGAACGGCUGAAAUCAGCUGCACCCUGGAGUGUGUGGACAAGCCGAGGGGCCAGAAACCGCGCUUCACUUCCCACAUCCAACCGCUGCAGGGCUUGAAGGACGGUCAGUCCGCCCAUUUCGAAUGCACUCUGAUUCCUGUCAACGAUCCGGAACUGAAGGUGGAGUGGUAUCACAAUGGCAAGCUGAUGCGUCACUCCAACCGAAUCAAGACUGUCUCCGACUUUGGUUACGUCGUCUUGGACAUUUCCUAUUUGCAGGAUCAUGACAGUGGAGAGUAUGUGUGCAGGGCUUGGAACAAGUACGGCGAGGACUUCACCCGCACCACCCUCAACUGUGGGGGCCGUGGUGGAGUGUUCUAUGACAGCUUGCAGCCGGAUUCGCUGCAGAGGAUAAGAGAGCUAGAGUGCCCGCAAGGACAACAGGGCGAUACCUCCGCUCCUGUGGUUGCUGAGCCGCCCAAGUUCAUUACCCAGAUCGUCGAUGUAACCAAGUUGGUGGAGGGACAGUCGGCUCACUUUGAGGCGCGUCUGACUCCCAUUACCGAUCCCGAUUUGGUGGUGGAAUGGUACUUCAACGGCAAGAAACUGCCUCAUGGUCACCGUUUCCGUACCUUCCACGAUUUUGGCAUUGUCAUUUUGGACAUCCUUUACUGCUACGAAGAGAACUCAGGAGUGUACGAGGCCAGGGCCUACAACAAGUAUGGAGAGGAUACUACCCGUGCCUCGCUUAAGUGUGCCUCGAAGGCAAGCCUUAUUUUGGACUCACAACUACCUCGUGGCAUGGAGGGUGGUCUGGAGAAAAUUGCCAACCUGGAGUACAGCAUGGUGCGCACUCGCGAAGAAACUACGGAAGAGACCAAGGGCAAGGCCCCAGUGUUCACUGUACCACUGGAGAACAUCGACAAUCUGCGCGAGGGUGAGAAUGCCCACUUUGAGGCCAGGAUAACGCCCGCUGACGAUCCCAAACUGAAGGUCGAGUGGUACUGGAAUGGCCGUCCAUUAAAGGCUGGCUCUCGUUUCCGUACUUUCUGUGACUUUGGAUUCGUCAUUUUGGAGAUUUCUCCUGUGUAUCCCGAGGACUCCGGAGAGUACUCUUGCCGUGCAAUCAACGAAUACGGUGAGGCCGUGACCACUGCCACAAUGAAAAUCCAGGGUAAGCGUAGCAUCAUCAUGGAAUCUCAGUUGCCUAAGGGCAUGGAGGGAACAAUCGAUCGUAUCGCCGAACUGGAAGGCUUGGGAUCCCGCAGCACCGAAUUUGUACCCGAUGAUGAUACUGGCAAGCCACCAGAGUUCAUCACCUCGCCCUUCGACAUGGUUAUCACGGAGAACGCGAUGGCUCACUUCGAGUGCCGUCUGCAGCCAAUCAACGACCCGUCUAUGCGUGUGGAUUGGUUCCACAAUGGCAAGGCUUUGUGGGCUGGCUCCCGUAUCAAGACCAUCAAUGACUUCGGUUUCGUUAUCCUCGAAAUCGCCGGUUGUUAUCAGCGCGAUUCGGGAUUGUACACUUGCAAGGCUACAAACAAACAUGGUGAGGCUACGGUCUCUUGCAAGUUGCAGGUCAAGGGUCGCCAGGGCAUCGUCAUGGAGCCCCAGUUGCCUUCCAACUUCCGCACUGGCACUGAGAGCCUGCAGAAGCUCGAGGAGAGCAUGCACAAGCGGGAGGAGAUUGUGAUUGAUGAAGAGCAGCCUAACCCACCGAAGUUCACUGAGGAAAUCAAGGACAAUCUGGAUGUUCCCGAGGGUGGUCCAAUUCACUUUGACUGCCGCGUGGAGCCUGUGGGCGAUCCGACCAUGCGUAUCGAGUGGUUCUACAACGGUCACGUCAUGGCUACGGGAUCAAGGGUUCACCAGCUCAACGACUUCGGUUUCAUUGCUUUGGAUGUGGACUACAUUUAUGCUAGAGAUUCGGGAGAGUAUACUUGUCGGGCAACGAACAAGUGGGGCACUGCCACAACCACGGCAAAGGUCACCUGCAAGGGCAAGCACAAUAUUGUAUAUGAAUCGCAACUGCCCGAGGGCAUGACCUCCGAGAAGUUGAAGGAGCUGGAGCGCGGACGUAUCCCAGAGGCCCCGAAGGUGGUCGAACAGGAGUUCGGUCCACCGAAGUUCACCACUCAGAUUACUUCCGUGACCGUCGAUGAAGCCGAGGCCGUGCGGUUUGAGUGCCAGGUUGAGCCCAAGACCGAUCCCAGCCUGCGCGUGGAAUGGUACCGCAAUGGCAAGCCCUUGCCUUCUGGACAUCGUUACAGGAACAUCUUCGACAUGGGCUUCGUAUCAUUGGAUAUUCUGUAUGUCUAUGGAGAGGACUCCGGAGAAUACGUGUGCCGUGCCGUUAACAACCAUGGCGAAGAUCGCACCAAAGCUACUGUGUCCUGCAAGAAACUUCCCACCAUCCUGCUCCAAAACCAAGUGCCUCGCGGUAUGAAGCGCUCGGACGCACUGACGCAAAUGGAGGCCACUAUCAAAAAGUAUACCUCGGAGGUUCAUUUGACCGAGGACGAUCUCUUCGAUCCCGACCGCAAGCAGCCUCCUCGCUUUGUCACUCAGAUCAAGGAACAGCUCACUCUCACCGAAAUGGCCGUGACCAAAUUCGAGUGCCAGUUGGCUCCUGUGGGAGAUCCCAACAUGAAGGUCGAGUGGUUCUUCAAUGGCAAGCCCUUGCUGCACAAGAAUCGCUUCCAGCCCAUUUACGAUUUCGGCUAUGUUGCCAUGAACUUCGGCUGGGUUUAUCCCGAAGACAGUGGAGAGUACGUGUGCCGCGCUACCAACUUGUACGGCAUGGAUGAGACUCGUGCUUUCAUUAAGGUUUCUGGAAAGCCAGGCAUAGUCUACGACUCCCAGUUGCCUGCUCACAUGCAGAGCAUUGACCGCAUUCGUGAAAUGGAAGCCUCAUGGCAGGUGGUGCCCGAGGAGGUUGAUCCCGAUGCCAAGCCCAGGACCAAGCCUGUCUUUGUGAGCAAACUGGAGCCCCAGACUGUGGAGGAGGGAGAUUCUGCUAGAUUCUGUGUCCGUGUGACCGGACACCCACGUCCAAGGGUUAUGUGGUUAAUCAAUGGACACACUGUUGUACAUGGCUCUCGCUACAAGCUGACCAACGAUGGUAUGUUCCAUCUGGAUGUCCCGAAGACACGUCAGUACGAUACCGGCAAAGUGGAGGUGAUUGCUCGCAACUCUGUGGGCGAAUCGAUUGCCACCACCGAACUGAAAGUCGUUGCCCGCUCUGAUGAUUAUCGUAAUGUGCUGAAGAACUCGCCACGUCCCUGGUAUGACUACGAACUAGCCGCUUAUCAAAAGGAGCGCCAGGAAAAUGAGUUGGAGAAGGUGUUCGACGAGCGUAAGCAGGUUCUGUCCGAGCAAAGCUCCCACACCCUCAAGGGAGUGGAGCACUUGAAGCCGAAGCAGUACAAGCCACCAACCCCCGACUGGCAGCAAAACGUGAAGGCCAAGAAGAGCGAAGAUUACUACAACAAGCUGCAGAGUCUGGAAACUGAGCAGCUUCUUAAGGAGACCAAUCUGCGCAGGGAUACUCAUCAGUACGCCAUCCCCGGCGAAAAGGUCGUGAGCAGCUCCCAGGCCAAGGGAAUGGCCCAAUCUUACGAAGAAAAUCUUCAAGAGAAAACCAGCACCACUCAGGUGCAGGCCGCUCCACCCAAGGGAACCGCUCAGCCCUCUGAGUCCUCUGUCCAUGGCCGUGAGGUUCAUAUGAACAAGCAGCAGCAGGUGCAAAAGGAGGUCCAGGGUGACCUUGAAAUCACCCGUAAGAUCACCGCUACCGAAACCACCGAAGUGGAGCACAAGGGCACCAUUCAGGAGCGCGUCGUCCAGGGUCCCGUGAAACCUGCCAAGGCUCCGGUCUUUACCAAGAAGAUUCAGCCCUGCCGCGUUUUUGAGAACGAGCAGGCCAAGUUUGAAGUUGAGUUCGACGGUGAACCAAAUCCCACGAUUAAAUGGUACCGCGAAAGCUUCCCCAUUCAAAACUCGCCAGAUCUGCAGAUCCACACCUUCAGUGGCAAGUCCAUUCUGAUUAUCCGCCAAGUGUUCGUUGAAGACUCGGCUGUAUUCUCGUGUGUGGCUGAAAACCGCGGAGGAACCGCCAAGUGCAGUGCAAACUUAGUGGUGGAGGAACGUCGUCGUGCCGGAAAGGGUGGAAUUCAGCCGCCCAGCUUUGUUACCACCAUUCAAAGCACCACCGUGGCCACCGGACAACUGGCUCGCUUCGAUGCCAAGGUCACUGGAACACGUCCCUUGGAUGUUUACUGGCUCAAGAACGGCAUGAAGAUUCAGCCGAGCAUCAAGUUCAAGAUGCUGGAGGAGGACAAUGUGCAUACUUUGCUCAUCAUUGAACCCUUCGCGGAAGAUUCUGGCCGCUACGAGUGUGUGGCUGUCAAUGCAGCUGGAGAGGCUCGCUGCGAUGGCGAUUGCAUUGUGCAGUCCCCUAGCAAGCCUGAAAAACCAACCACCCCGGGCAGUGAGAAGCCACCGCACAUUGUGGAGCAACUUAAGAGCCAGUCGGUGGAGGAGGGCAGCAAGGUCAUCUUCCGCUGUCGUGUGGACGGCAAGCCCACUCCCACCGCUCGCUGGAUGCGCGGCGAGAACUUUGUGAAGCCAUCUCGGUACUUCCAGAUGAGCCGCCAGGGCGAGUACUACCAAUUGGUCAUCUCGGAAGCCUUCCCCGAGGACGAAGGCACUUACAAGUGCGUGGCCGAGAACAAGCUGGGCAGCAUUCAAACCAGUGCCCAGCUCAAGGUUCGUCCCAUUGAGAACUUGGACGCCCCGCCCACCAUCACCGCUCUCAAGGACGUCUCCGUCACCGAGGGCAUGCCCGCCCAAUUCAAGACCACGGUGACCGGCAAAGUGAAGGCCACCAGCGUGCAGUGGUUCCGCGAGGGCCAGCUAAUCCCCGAAACACCAGAUUUCCAGAUGAUCUUCGACGGCAACAGCGCUGUGCUUCUGAUUGGAACCACCUACGAGGAGGAUUCGGGCAUAUUUACUGUACGUGUAACCUCGUCCACCGGCCAGGUCGAAUCCUCAGCCAAACUGACUGUUAAAAGUAAGGAUUAAACUAAAACUAAGCCAACCCAAAACCAGAGUUCGAAACCAAGUAAAACCAAACGUAAGCGAACCGUGUUCAAAACACCAACCAACAUCAACAAACCAACUCCAAAGAAUGCUCAAAAAAGAAAAGAACAAAAACAAAACAACGACCGUGAAGAAACUUUUACUAUUAAUCCCCGAGUUACUGACGUAUUACAUACAGUUACUACUACCCCUCAA